AUGGACUUUGGUGAACCAUCACCGGAUAUUAUCGCACGAUUAUACAAAGAGAUUAAAGAGAAAAAGAUUCUUGAACUCGAUUGGAAAAAUCCAGGCAAGAAGAAUCGAAUUAAGAAACAGAAGGUCGACACGCAUAUCAAUUCAGUCAAGUCAGAUGAAUCGUCGAAUUCGAAGAAUGAAGAUAACAAAUUAGUGAACGAAAUCGAUGAAUUUGAUCAUGAUGAUGCUUUGAAGUCGAAUAACAUUACCGUCUCUUCAUUUCGUUCUGCUGUUGGUAAACCAAAACCCAAUGAAAAACGACUGAUCGAUAUGAAUACAGUCAUUGCCAAUAUUGAACGACAGCAACAAGAAGAUGAGCGACUUCGACAGGUUAUGGAUACAUCAUCGGAUGACAAAGCUUGA